UUCGAGAAUAAAAAAUACAAAAUCCAAUUUUUUGCUUCAUUUAAUUGUCUAAAUUGUACAGCCUUAACUAUAUCUGCUCAAUUCAAACAUGGGUUUUGGUUGAUUCCACCAUAUUCUAUUAACAAAGAUUUACGAAAAAAAAAAAAAGAAAAAUCCUUGGAUAUCUCCCAAGUCUAUAUAUAAGGCUCUACACACACUUUCCUCACUGAAAAUCUUUUCAAUAAAUUGCAAACAAAAGAAAAAACAAAAACAAAAAAACAAAACAUAGACAGCACACAAAAGCAGUUAACCAUGCCCUCUAUCUUCACCAUUCUUGGUUCAAUACUCUUGGCGGUGUUGUUGUUCUGUCUGUUUAACCAGCUGCGAAGCAGGCGAUCGGUACCCGGCCGCCGGCUGCCUCCAGGCCCGCGACCGUGGCCCAUAAUCGGAAACCUGCCCCAGCUGGGCCCGGCGCCGCACCAGACCAUCGCGGCCCUGGCCCGGAAGCAUGGCCCGCUGAUGCACCUCCGCUUUGGGUUGGUUGACGUGGUGGCAGCGGCGUCGGCCUCCGUGGCAGCCCAGUUCCUUAAGGCCCACGACACCAACUUCUUGAGCCGUCCGCCCAGCUCCGCCGCCAAACACGUUGGGUACAACUAUCAUGACUUGGUCCUAGCGCCGUACGGCCCAAGGUGGCGGUUGAUGCGGAAGAUCGCGUCCGUACACCUCUUAUCCGGGAAGGCUUUGGAGGAUUUCAGAUAUGUCCGACAGGAAGAAGCAGCAGUGCUAAUAAGGGGCCUAGCAAACGCGGGCCCAACCGCGAUAAACUUGGCGCAACUGCUCCACUUGUGCACGACAAACACCCUAGGACGUGCAAUGCUAGGGUACAGAGUUUUCGGCGACGGAAGUGGCAAAAGUGAUCCGAGGGCCGACGAAUUUAAGUCGAUGGUGGUCGAGGCGCUGGCGGUAGCCGGAGUGUUCAACAUAGGAGAUUUUGUGCCUGCAUUAGAGUGGCUAGACUUGCAAGGGGUGGUGGCAAGAAUGAAAAAAGUUCACAAGAGGUUUGAUGCCUUCUUGACUAGAAUUAUUGAGGAACACAAGGCUAAUGCUGGCAAUGGGAAGCACACUGACAUGCUUACUACGUUGUUGUCAGUGAAGGAAGAUGCCGAUGGUCAUGAGGGUGGCAAGCUCACUGAAACUGAAAUUAAAGCACUUCUUUUGAACAUUUUCAUUGCUGGUACUGACACGUCAUCAAGCACGGUGGAAUGGGCCAUUGCGGAACUCAUACGACACCCCAAAAUCUUGGCCCAAGUCCAAGAAGAACUCGACCGUGUCGUGGGUCGAGAUAGGCUUGUGAGCGAAUUGGACCUGCCCCAACUAACCUACCUCAAGGCCCUGGUGAAGGAGACCUUCCGUCUCCAUCCCUCCACCCCGUUAUCUCUGCCUCGAAUAGCGGCCGAGAACUGCGAUAUCAAUGGCUACCACAUACCUAAGGGGACCACCCUUCUUGUCAAUGUGUGGGCUAUAGCACGUGACCCAGCCGAAUGGACUGAUCCACUGCUGUUUAGGCCCGAAAGAUUUUUACCAGGUGGCGAAAAGGCUGAAGUAGAUGUAAGAGGGAAUGACUUUGAAGUGAUUCCAUUUGGGUCGGGACGUCGGAUGUGUGUUGGCAUGCGCUUGGGCCUGCGCACAGUCCAACUACUAACUGCAAGCUUGGUCCACGCGUUCAAUUUUGGCCUGGCAAAUGGGUUGGUACCAGAAAAACUCAAUAUGGAUGAAGCAUAUGGGCUGACGUUACAACGGGCCUCACCGUUAAUGGUUCACCCUUGGCCCAGGCUAAGCGAACAUGUAUAUGAAGCAAAAAUUUAGACUUUACGCCAUGUUUGGUUGCUUGUAUUUGUGUUGUAUUAUAUUAUAUAAAAUAUGUUGUAUCAUGUUGUAUUAUCAUAAUAUAAACGGUGUUUGGUGUCA